AUGGCUUCUUCUUCUUCUUCAUUGAAGGGUUUUGAUAGUGAGGAGAGGCCUCAUGUUUUGGCUGUUGAUGACAGUUUGGUUGAUCGCAAACUCAUUGAAAGGCUUCUCACCAAGUCUGCAUGUAAAGAAUGGUUGAUUGGUAAUAUUGUUGUGGCAGUGACUACUGCAGAGAAUGGGCAAAGGGCUUUAGAGUUAUUGGGCCUUGGAGAUGGACAACACAUCUUCAACAACAGUGAUUCAAGGGUAAACUUGAUCAUUACUGAUUAUUGUAUGCCGGGAAUGACAGGAUAUGAGCUUCUUAAAAAAGUUAAGGAAUCAUCAAACCUUAAAGAGAUACCAGUAGUGAUAGUUUCAUCUGAGAAUGUCCCUACUCGGAUCAAGAAGUGCUUGGAAGAAGGAGCACAAGAGUUCAUGCUGAAGCCUCUCAAACAAUCGGAUAUCAAGAAAUUGAGAUGUCAUAUGGUGAAAUUUGAUCAUAACGGAAGGCUUUGCAUAGGAAGGUAAAACGAAGAAGCAUGCGCUAGAAGAGAGCAGUUCUCAGAAAAAGCACAGGAAAGAGGCCAAAGAUGGAGUGAGACAUGAAAUGUAUUUUUGUCAAUACAUCAAAAACUCUUUUAGCAAGUAUAUGAUAGCAUCAAAUCCUUCUUGAACUUGGCCCUUUUUAUAUUUGCUAUCACAGUUUUCUAUCUAUAGA